AUGUUCUAUAAUCGACGAGAGGUCGCCAUCGUCCGGUUAGGGCACCUAUUUGUCCGGAAGUACUUAACUCUUCUGCGCCGAGAGAUAUCACAUCAUUCUCUCUCUCUCUCUCUCUCUCUCUCUCUCUCUCUAUCUGCCACUGUCUAUUUUUACUCUCUCAUUCUCUGUAAUGCACAAGAGUAUAUGAUUAAAAAAGUAAUGACAAUGAGUUCAUAUCUAUCUAUCUAUCUAUCUAUCUAUCUAUCUAUCUAUCUAUCUAUCUAUCUAUCCAUACCGCGUACUGGUCACCCCGUUUCUUGUCUGCUUCUAUCCAACCUUGAUCUUAUCUCUUCGGAGGUUUGUAGCUGUCUGCACGUUCUAUUUUAUCUAUCUAUCUAUCUAUCUAUCUAUCUAUCUAUCUAUCUAUCUAUCUAUCUAUCUCAGUCUGUUCAUAUUUGUUUAUCUAUUUUUCUCUCUUUCUAUAUCUUAGUCUUUUCAUAUAUCUCUUCCUAUUUUACUGUCUGUUCAUCUCUCUCUCUCUCUCUUUUUAUCGAUCUUUCUUCGUUCAUCUUCCCUCGCCUCUCUCUCGCUCUCUCUCUCUCUCACACACACAUACGAUAUUUCUCUAUUCCAGUCUGUUCACAUAUACCUAUCUUAGUCUGUUCAUCUCUCUCACAAUCUAUCUAUCUAUCUAUCUAUCUAUCUAUCUAUCUAUCUAUCUAUCUAUCUAUCUAUCUAUCUAUCUCUGUCUGCUCAUAUCUAUCUAUCUAUCUAUCUAUCUAUCUAUCUAUCUAUCUAUCUAUCUAUCUAUCUACAUUAGCCUGUUUAUCUCUCUCUCUUUCAUUCUGUCUCUUUAUCUAUCUAUUUUUGUUUGUCACUCCUUUUUUACUUUCUUUUCUUAUCUUACUUCAUUUACCCUCUGUUUCUGGCCUAUUCUUCUUCUUCUUCUUCUUCUUCUUCUUCUUCUUCUUCUUCUUCUUCAUUUCCGCUUUUCUAACCUCCUUUCUUCCUCAGUGCUUCCCAUUUUUAGAAUUUGUCUUUUUCGCUUUUCCUUUUCUACUUCACUUUCUGUUUUUCUUCUACUUUAUUCUAAUCUAUCUAUCUAUCUAUCUAUCUAUCUAUCUAUCUAUCUAUUUCAGCCUGCUUCCUAAUAUAUGUAUACUUCUUUUCGUGUGUCUUCUUCUGUCACCUAUUUGUCAUUUACGUCUCAUUCUCUUUUAUAUUAGUCUGUCUUUCAUGUCUGCAAAUUUCUCCAGUAUGUAUACCUGCCUAUUAACGACUGUGUGCCUGCUUUUUAAGCGAGCAAAUUUUUUUUCUAUCUAUCUAUCUAUCUAUCUAUCUAUCUAUCUAUCUAUCUAUCUAAGUGGUGCGUGUCACUGUCGCUCAGAAUCCACAGAUGUUUCGUUGGCUCUUGUGCCCUUCCCUCGGGAGAUGGCCAUCAAGAGGACGCGCCAACUUGUCAUCACUUUAGCGCCAAUCUCUUUCAACAGCAUUUACCAUUUCAAGGAAAAUGUCCUUUCUUUCUUUCUUUCUUCUUAUUAUUGA